AUGGCCGAUACGACCAAAUCGGUCGUGAUCAACAUGCACAAGGAAGACGUCAGCUCCCGGCUGUCGAGCGAAGACCUCAAGCAAGAACAUCAUGGAGAUCGUGCUCUAUCUAUCAUUGGCAACCAGCGUGUCGUCGUGACCGAAGAAGACAACCAGCGCAUCAAGCGCAAGACUGACAAAGUCAUCCUCUCUAUCCUGGUAUGGGUCUAUUUCCUACAAAUCCUGGAUAAGUCUGUCCUAGGUUACGGCGCCAUUUUCGGUCUUCAGACAGACACCAACCUUCGUGGGAAUCAAUACUCGCUCGUUGGAUCCAUCGCGCCCAUCGCACAAUUGGCAUGGCAGCCAUUCUCGUCAUGGCUCAUCGUCAAGGUUCCUCACCGAAUCCUAAUGCCAUCUUUGUGUCUUGGGUGGGGUAUUGCCCAGACAUGUAUGGCUGCGGCCAUGAACUUCAAAUCUCUGAUGGCAGCCCGCUUCUUUCUCGGACUCUUCGAAGCAGGCUGUCUUCCUCUCUUCUCGGUCAUAACAUCUCAAUGGUACCGCAGAUCAGAGCAGCCAAUCCGCGUGGCUUGCUGGUACGGCACAAAUGGAGCAGCCACUAUGGUGGCGGCAGCCCUAUCGUACGGACUCGGACAUAUCAAGAGCGACUCACUACACGAAUGGCAAAUCAUCUUCAUGUUCGUUGGUCUCGUGACGGUUAUCACAGCCCCGUUCAUCUACUGGAAACUUGACAGCGACAUACCUUCAGCUCGCUUUCUCACAGAGCACGAGAAGGCACAAGCAAUCGAGAGACUUCGUGCUAACCAGACCGGUACCGGCUCUCGCGAGUUCAAAUGGGCCCAUAUCGCCGAACUGGCACUAGAGCCCAAGACAUACUUCUGGAUUGGCCUGUCGUUGCUACUAAACGUCGGAGCAUCAGUCACAAACACCUUCGGACCACUCGUUAUUGCGGGUCUGGGAUACGAUAAGUACAUCACAGCACUACUCAACAUCCCAUUCGGUGCUGUACAGUUACUCGUCAUCCUACUUGGUUCGUGGGCUGCCUACAAAAUCAAGUACAAGUCCGUGGUUCUGGCAGCCUUUUGUAUACCCGUCAUCGCUGGUCUGGCCAUGCUCUAUGUCCUGCCUCGCAACGACCCAUCGAAACAAGGUGCCCUACUUGCCGGAUACUAUCUAUUAGCCUUUCUGUUUGCUGGAAAUCCAUUGAUCGCCAGCUGGAUUAUCUCCAAUACUGGUGGUACGACGAAGAAGUCAGUAGUCAUGUCUCUCUACAACGCUGGUUCCUCAGCAGGAAACAUCAUCGGUCCUCUUCUAUUUAACAAGAGAGACGCUCCAGCAUAUGCGCCCGGCCUCAAGAAAGUCCUUGGUAUCUUUGUGGCGCUUGUCGCGUUGACUGGUAUCCAGGCGGCGAAUUUGAUCUUCCUCAAUAAAAUGCAGGAGCGAAAGAGAUUGGCUAAUGGGAAGCCGGCGAAGAUUAAGGACUUGUCGAUGGCCAAGCAUUAUCAGCAGAGUGACUCGGACGUUGAGACGACCGAAGAGGCGCAGUUAGGAAAGAAUGCGUUGUUGGAUCUGCCUGAUGGCAAGAACGAUGAGUUUGUCUACCUAUACUAA